AUGGGCACUCCUGACAUUGAGAGCGCCGGUGACACGAAACCCAUCGGAUCCCCAGUGGCCCUGCAAGAGAGCUAUGGAGCAGGGGAUGUGGAGAAUACCACAUUGGCCCUCACCGACAAACAGGUCUUUGACAAAGCGGUGCUCAGCACCAGUGCUCUCUUCGGCCUCCGGGAAGACACCGGUCUGACGGGGAACCAGUACUCCCUCGUUGGGUCGAUCUCAGCCAUCGCCCAGCUCGCAUGGCAGCCCUUCUCCGCCUGGCUGAUCGUGAAGGUUCCCCCUCGCAUCUUGAUGCCCGUCAUGGCCUUGGGCUGGGGCAUUGCCGAGGCCAGCAUCGCGGGAUGUCAUAACUUUGGAUCUUUACUCGCAGCGCGCUUCUUCCUGGGUCUGUUCGAAGCAGGCUGCCUGCCGCUAUUUACCUACCUCACUGGUAUCUGGUAUCGUCGUUCCGAGCAGCCCGUCCGUAUUGCCAUCUGGAACGGCAUGAACGGCGUCGCGACUAUAGCUGCAGCUGCCGUUUCCUAUGGGCUCGGCCAUAUCGAGUCGGACCUUUUGAAGCCGUGGCAAAUAAUCUUUCUUUUCGCCGGGCUGCUCACCAUCGUCAGCGCACCCAUCGUGUACUGGAAACUGGACAAUGACAUCUCGGUCGCCCGCUUCCUGACCGAGGAAGAGCGGCGGCAAGGCAUGGAGCGCCUUCGCGUCAACCAGACAGGUGAAAUUAACUACAACUUCAAGUGGUCCCACGUCCUCGAGGUCGCGCUGGAGCCCAAGUCCUGGUUGUGGGUGGCGAUGGUGAUCCUGCCGAACAUGGGCUCGGGCAUGACGAGCAUCUUUGGCCCAUUGAUUGUCCAAGGAUUUGGGUUCGACAAGUUCCAGACUUCGCUGCUCAACAUUCCGUUCGGCGCCAUGCAAACAAUCGUCAUCGUCGCCAGCUGCUGGGCUGCCACCAAGGCGAAACUGAAGUCCGCGGUGCUGAUCGCCUUCACCAUCCCGGCCAUUGUGGGCACGGCGAUGUUGUAUGGGCUUAAUCGCGAUACGUCUGAUCUCCCAGCGCUCCUUAUCGCCUACUACCUGUGUGCCUUUUUGUUCGCCGGAAAUCCUCUCAUCCUCGCGUGGGCGAUCGGGAACACGGCUGGAGCGACCAAGAAAUCCACAAUGCUCUCCCUCGUUCAGGCUGGAGUGUCGGCUGGCGCACUGUCAGGCCCGCUGCUGUUCACCAGCGACCAGGCGCCUAAAUAUCUGCCGGGUAUCCGGGCCGUGCUUGGGAUUUUCAUUGCAUUGAUUGGUGCCGCCGUUAUUCAGGUGGUCAACCUAAUGUUCCUGAACAAGAUGCACAAGAAGAAGAGAAUCGCCAAUGGAAAGAGCGGGGAUAUUGUGGACCACUCCAUGACAAAAUCGGUCGAAACAGCAGGAAAAAGUCAACAGCAGGCUUUGCAGGAUGUGGUCGAGCGGGACUUGACCGACCAAGAAAACGACGAGUUUGUCUAUAUCUUCUAG